AGUGUUUGCCUUCAUAUAAAUUCAUUAAUUACGACAUGGUUUAUAAUUUAUGGAUGCAACCCCCUUAAGGCAAUUCAAUAAUGUCUGGGCUAAUUGUUCCAUAGCAAUUGAUACGGGGCGACUAACCCAAUAUGUGAGCGGAACACAGGUUAGGCAAACAUACUCGCCGUCUAUCUUUUGUGAUGUUGCUCUGGAGUAAAUACUACUCCAGUACUCCAAGACUCGCUCAAUAUUUCAAACCGAGGUGGAUAAAAAUUCUUAAAGUUUUUCUUUUAAUAAUCGAAUGCAAAUACUUAUUAUGAAUAGGAUUUAAUUCCCUAGUUGAAACGGCAGCCUCUAUUUAUGUCACGUUAUGAAGUAUUGAAACUUUUAAAAUGUUGCAUUUAAUUUUAUUUUUGCAAACGGAAAAAGGGCGUUGAAAUGACAUUAUGCUGAUAUUUUUUCCGUUUGAAUGAUUUGACAUUGUGCACGUGCAGGAGGUAUAAGAGUCAAAAAUUGUGGUUUUACGUGUUGAAAUUCUUAAAGCAAAGAUGACCUUUUGGAACUUUCUGCUUUUAAGUGUAUUUAUAAAUAGUUGUACAGGAUCCGGAUAUUUUGAAAUACAAAUUAUAUCUAUUGAGAAUAUUAGAGGUGAACUUUCUAAUGGCACGUGCUGCGGUGAAAGGAUUGAUACAUAUAGAAAUAGCACGUGCAGUGGCGUGUGCAACACUUACCUUCAGGUUUGUCUAAAACAAUACCAAACCCAGGUGACCAUUGACGGGAAGUGCACUUUUGGUAACAAAACUACACCUGUUCUUGGCGGGAACUCGUUCAGGUAUGCAGCCGGCACUCCAGCGGCGUCUAUCAAGUUACCUUUUCAAUUUUCUUGGACGAGAUCGUAUACGAUCAUCGUCGGCGCCUUUGACAAAAGACAACAGUUUUCAGGUGAACGGGUGAUUGAGAGGUCCUCACAUUCUGGUAUAAUUCUACCGGGUCCCUCAUGGCACACCCUAACACACAAUGGACCGACCGCAACUCUCGUUUAUAGAAUUCGUGUAAAAUGUGACGAGCAUUAUUACAAUACAACGUGUUCCAAGUUUUGUCGUCCGAGGAAUGAUCGUCUCGGGCAUUUCACGUGCAAUGUUAAUGGUGACAACGUUUGUUUAGAAGGUUGGCUCGGAUCAGAAUGUGAUAUUGCGAUCUGUAAAACGGGAUGUCACGCACUACAUGGCUCAUGUGACCGACCUGGUGAAUGCAGGUGUGGUUUUGGUUGGCAAGGUCCGUUGUGUGACCGGUGUAUACCAUACCCCGGAUGUAGACAUGGGACAUGUAAGGACUCCCCGUGGACGUGCGACUGUGACCUGAACUGGGGUGGUAUUCUGUGCGAUAAAGAUUUGAAUACAUGUCGUCAUAGACCUUGCCAUAAUAACGGACUUUGUGUAAAUAACGAACCCGACAACUAUACUUGCGUGUGUAACAAGGGGUUUUCAGGAAGAAACUGUGAAAUAGUGGAUGACCCGUGUUCAUCAAGCCCGUGUAGUCAUGCAGGCACGUGCCUCCGCUCCUCACAUGGUUUUAUAUGUAACUGUGCGCCUGGUUGGACCGGAAAAACCUGCAACCAUGAAAUCAACGAAUGCGCCUCUGAUCCAUGUCUUAACAAAGGGACCUGUUUCGACCGUGUGAACGGGUUCGAGUGCCUAUGCGCCUCCGGUUGGCAAGGACCGCAGUGCCAGCUCAAUACGGAUGAAUGUUCCGGGCGUCCGUGUGUCCAUGCGCACACGUGCAAAGAUUUACUCGGUGACUAUCAGUGUUUAUGCCAAGAUGGAUGGACCGGGAAAGAUUGUAACAUAAACGUACAAGAUUGCCACGGUCAGUGUCAAAAUGGAGGACAGUGCAUUGAUCUAGUUGACGGUUAUUACUGCUUGUGUAUACCGGGUUUUGAUGGUAAAGAUUGUCAGCACGAGAUUCACGAAUGUGAAAGCAUUCCCUGUCACAAUGGUGGCACGUGCAUUGACCAUAUAGCCAGUUACACGUGCCAGUGUGCAGAAGGUUACAGUGGCUUCAACUGCCAGAAUGAUAUUGAUCCGUGCAGUCCGAAUCCGUGCUAUAGCGGGGCCACGUGUUUCGUCACAAAUGAUAUAACAGAUGAUUAUUUCUGUUAUUGCACCGAUCCUUUCACAGGAAAAAAUUGUCAGCACAGAAAAUCCAUCAUAGCACAAAAUAUAGACAGCUGCACACUGUCAAUACCAAACAGUAACAUGGUCGGUGGAAUACAGUUGAUAUCAUCAGGAAUUUGCGGGGAACAUGGACUGUGUACUAGUAGACCUGGAGGCAGAUUUGAUUGCUCGUGUGCAGUAGGCUUUACUGGACAGUACUGUCACGAAAAUAUAAAUGAUUGUUCAAGUUCCCCGUGCUACAACUCCGGCACGUGUGUCGAUCUAAUCAACUCGUAUCAAUGUAUAUGUGGUGACGGCUGGGAAGGAGCUCUAUGUAAUAUCAAUAAGAACGACUGUGAUCCUAACCCUUGUCGUAACGAUGGUAACUGCAUUGACCUUGUUGCUGGAUACGCCUGUCAAUGUAAAUCUGGCUGGAAAGGCAAAACUUGCACGUUGAGAGAUAGCCAGUGUGAUAUAUUCACGUGCGCAAAUGGAGGGCGAUGUGUGGAUCUGGGUGAUACUUUCACGUGUAAAUGUCCACGUGGCUGGGAGGGCCACACUUGUCACACACCGGUUGCAAGAUCAUGUGACAUAAGCCCUUGUGAAAAUAAUAGCACGUGCGUUAACAGUGGUGACAGUUUCACGUGCAUCUGCAGCCUCGGUUUCGAGGGAAGAACGUGUCAAGAAAACAUUGAUGAGUGUAACCCAUUUCCAUGUUAUAAUGGCGGGAAAUGUGUUGAUGGUAUUAACAGGUAUACAUGUGACUGCCCUGCAGGAUUCUCCGGACCUGAUUGUCGCGUCAAUAUAAAUGAAUGCCUAUCAAACCCGUGCACGUUCGGGAGCACGUGCAUAGACGGGAUUGGAGUGUUUAAAUGUAUAUGUCCAGUUGGACGGUCGGGUGACAGAUGUGAGAUGGUCAGAGGCCACGAGCCCGCACUCCAGUCUUGUGUGUUCAACAGGCGGACGUUCCGGUCUGGGAAAUCAUGGAGGCACGCUUGUAAACUAUACUCGUGUGAUGAUGGAGAAAUUUCAUUCGAGGAACUUAAAUGUGGUCCCGAAAACUGCGCAUCAAUUCCAAAUAUUACCAGUCACGUGAUUCCAUGUGCUGCAGACGAGAUUUGUGUCAUACAGAAGCACGUCACGUGUCUGACACCACCAUGUUUACCUUGGGGAGAUUGUCAGCCCAAGAGUAACACCUUAGCUUCCUCUGUCCCGAAAGAACACUUCUGUUAUGGAAUUGAUAGAAAGAUGGAGGCAAAUUGUGCGAAGAUAACACUUGUCUAUGAUUACUCGAAGCUUCCUAUUGGAACAUCAGUUGAAAGCAUGUGUAUAUCCAUUGAAAGGAUCGCCUCCUCUAAACAAUGGAACAAUUCAACAGUCAUCACUGUGGCUUGUAGUGAACAUUCCAGUGAAAAUUUAUUACAUGUACUGGUGUCAAUAGAUCAUGAUGAUGGCAAACACUUCGAGACAACUCUUAGAGCGUUUGUCUACAAAAUAACUGACGUCAUCAGUAGCAAGCAGAAUCCAAACCCGUCGCUGGCUGCGAUAACAGAGGUGAUAGUUGAGACACCAUUGCCCUCUAGUGACAAUAAAGACGCAAAGUUGCUGAUACCAUUACUUUGUUCAUUAAUCGGACUGCUUGGAUGCGUGGCGAUUGUUCUGCUUGUUGUCUGGCACCGUAGGCAAAGUCAGGACAUCCGUCGAUGGACUAAGGCACCAGAACUCACAGAAGAAAGGACAAAUAAUGAAAACUUCGAAAACUUCAAGAACUUGAGGCGGUAUAAAAAUCCUCUUUAUGAAAAAGAUAAAAUGGUGGGAAAUCGCAACAUCCGACCAAAACAGUACCGGGACUUUGAUAGCUACAGACCCUUAGAGCCAGACAUAGAUGGUCAGGAUAUGGGAAACACGCGGCUGCUGAAACAAGACGACUUUGUUCCAGGCGCCAAUGAUUGGUCAGAAUGCGUCCAAUCAAAAACAAGAGUUAAAGAUAUUAACAUUGAGCUGCAGAAGUCUAGGUAUAAACCUAACGCGAGCGCGUUUGGUAACCUUGUGCAUGGUAUUGAACUAGAUGAGAACGAGGUGAUAGUUUAGUAAGAUAAAAGCUUUAUGAACUACUGGACGAAUGUCACAGAGUGGUUUGUCAGCUCUGAGACACGACAUUUGGAGUGGCUUCAAAACACAUUACGAUGUGAAAAUUGAAAACAAAUAUUACAUUAACUAGGAUGUUGAAACUGUUUAAAAGAUGUCAAUCCUUUUUUAAACUAGUAAUAUUUUACUGAAAGCAGAGUUUUCCGUUUCCUGUGACGGAGUUGUUCUACGAUAAAUGGAUUCUUAGUUGAUAUAGGGGUUUAGUUUGGCUGAUAUGUGACCUAAUUGAUUGUUAAAUGAUAUUUACUAAUGGUUUCCGAUAUGGAUGGCUAUUUAUUAAUUGAUAAAUGUUAGUUCUGUUAUAUGAAAUUCGCCAUAAAUUGUACGAGAAAGCAAUAGAAACUUGACAAUAUUGGAAGCUGAAUAACUCUUUAAAUGAUUCUGAUUGUUCGAUAUAAAAAGUAACCUGCUAAUGUUAGAUACUUACUUACGUCAAUGUCCUAGCAAUGUUGAUAAACAGGCGUUAUACCAUGAGAAUAUUGUGGAAUGUCUUCAGGACAAAACAGUUCAACGAUUAAAGACGUAAACUUCAGUUUUCAAAUAUAGAUAUAGGCAGACUGAAAUAUGUUCCAUAUUUUUUUAUAAACUGCAAGAGCAAAAGAAACAUUGAUGCAAAAUGCUUGAUUGGUGAGCUGAAAUUUAAGGAUGUUUCAAAGAUUUUGAAAUGAAAUUGCAAGAAUGUUCAAGAAAUGUACAGCAUUCUUUUAUCAAAAGAUUGUAGUUUUUUUUAAACAAUACGUCCCACUAGAAUUUUUGUUGCAGUCCCAUUUUUUGUAGUUCGUUUCAU